AUGUCCCACCAUCCUUUACAAGCGACGGCGUUUCCUUCCGAUGCGGAGGCGCACUUCUUUGUGCUCGCGAGUGGGAACCGCCUCUCCGUCGUCUCGACCGAGUCUGACGAGUUGAGUCCCGCGCGAUACUGAGCUGGGCUCUUGCUUUCGGAUUCCAAAUGAGCUGAUCGGGUUCAUCGUCCGCAUCUUACAGAGGGAUGGCGAUCACGGCGACUGCGCAAGACCACCAAGGCCUGAUCCGUUUGGUCGCCUGCCACGGCACGCGCUACAUCGUCUCAACGGGCGAGGACAAGAUGCUGAACGUGUACGAAUACCAAGCCAAGACCGCGCCCUCUGAGGAAGAUCAGGACGAGGAAAAGGAGCAGCAAGUCACCGCCUCGACGAUGGAGGAGGCUUCGGCUCCCAAGGGGAAGCUCGAGUUGCGAAGCUCGCGCGAGUUGGUCAAGAGGGCCAAUGCGAUGCAGGUCACCGAGAAGGCGGAGAUCGUUGUGGGCGACAAGUUUGGGGAUGUUUAUGUGUAAGUUCAUGCAGAGCUGUCGGUGGUGAACGGGGGAUUAGAACGAAAAGCUGACCCCCGAUAUCUCGUUCAGCUACCCCCUCCUCGCACAUCCCGUCGACCCCACCGCCACCACCACCACCACGACGGACAGGACCAACCCCAAAACUCCCAAAGCGCAACCCAUCCUAGGCCACGUGUCGAUGCUCAACGCGCUCGUCCACGUCCCCGCCGCACCCGAGUACGGCCUCCCUCACGACCUCAUCGUCACCGGCGAUCGGGACGAGCAUGUCCGCGUCUCCCGUUACCCGCAGGGACACAUCAUUGACAAGUUCUUGUGGGGGAGUGAAAAGUCAGUCCGACGAUGGGGCUUGAGCUUGGGAUGCGGGCAAGUCCGUCCCGAUGCUGAUUCCAUUCGUUCCGAUUGGGAUCUUUUGCCUGAUGCAGAUUCGUCACUGCGCUUCUGUACAUCCCCGCGACUUUGGCGUUCCCUACACCGCUGAUCAUCUCUGGCGGAGGUGACUCGACCCUCCAAGUGUGGAAUCUCGCUAGUGGAAAGCUUUUGAACAGAUUCGGGAUCCAGGAUUCGUUGGAGAAGUACAUCGUCGUCGGACCUGAAUUGCCGACGCCUGUUCCGGCGGGGAGGAGGAAGGACAAAGCUCAGGGUGGGGGGAGGAAGAAGAAGGGGAAGCAGGUCGAACAGGACGAAGGACAAGUAGAGGCCGAGGAGGACGUCUUAGUUGUGAAUGAGGACGAACAGAUCGAGGUUGCCGAAGAGACGGAGCAGACUGAAGCGGCUCAGACGGGAGGAGUUCAGCUACCUACCGGAUUAGGAGUGACCCACCUUGAAUUCGUCGGUGGGCAUUCGCAUCGUGCUGGUCCGGGGGUCAUUGUCGCUGCCGCUGGGUGAGUGUGACUUUCAAGGCUUGCGAGUGGAAGUGUCCUCUGUACUGAUCGGUACCCUGCUCUGACUAUCAGCUGCACGGCCCUUCUUUACAUCCCUCUCGAACUUUUGCUCUGUCAACCGACGCAACGGACGACUCAAAUUGUCGAUUACUCUCAUCCCGUUUUGGCCCUUUGCGGACGACCGAACGAAGAUGAGCAUGCUCUCUCUUCAGCCAAGACGGACUUCCACGUCACGAUCGACCUUUCCCGACCGAAAAAGUCCGAGUCCUCGACUCUGGAGGGAGAAGACGCAGAAGAAGAAACCGAACGUUGUGCGCUCCAACAAGCCUCUUACGAACUCGUGCCCGACCAACCCGAAGGAUCCUUCUCCGGCGAGAUGGAGUUGAUCUGGGACCAAGCGCUCGUCCGUAUCGCCCGAGAAGCCGCUCUCCCAACGACGACGAAGGAUCGUGCACCGGACGUGUCGAGUUUGUACCCCGUUUUGUCGUUGUUGCAUCAUCCGGAUACCAACUUUGAGGUGCUGGCUGCCGCGGGGGGUAAGAACAUGGAAGCGGAGGGGGAGACGAAUGGGAAGAGUGUUUCGGUGUGGAAGUCGGUGGCAAGAGGAUGGGGACAGAAGAGGGGGGCGGACGCGGAGGGGGAUGCUGCGGAGAGGGAUGCCGAGGAGGGGGAUGCCUUUAGGAAGAGAAAGGGGAAGAGGGCAGCGGGGAGGGCCGAGAUUCAGAGGAGGUUGGAGUUGGAGCAGGAGAGGUUGAAGAACUUGCAGACCGGUGCGGAAGGGGACAACAAGGCGAUGGAGGAGUAG